UUAAUAUCACAAACCUAUUACAUUUCUCGAUAUAAAAAAAUAUAUAAACAGAAAAGAUAAACAGAAAUAAAAAUGGCGUGCAAAAGAGCAACACCAGUGGUGUGGAUGCUGGUGGCGGCGGCGGUGGCGAUGGUGGUGGCGCAAAAUGGGAGGAUGUGCUCCGCAUUCGACAUGGAUGAAGCAAAAGAGACCAUGAUGGCCAAGGCCGGAGAGGCCAAGGAGACCGCUAGUACUUGGACUUCUUGGGCUUACACCAAACUCUCCGGGAGCAACAAAAUAAGUGUUAACCCAGAAGACAUGAGAUUGAAACAGCCACCGAAUGAUGAUGAUGACGCAACACCCUUUGUAUCCGGGAAAGUGCACGCAGUUUCCCACGCAGUAAAAGACAACACCGAUGAGUUUUACGCAGCGGCUAAGCGCGACGUUGGGGCAGCCUACGAUUCCAUGGCAUCCAAAAGUGUCCGAGAAGGUUAAUUGCAUGCUUCUAAUUAAGAUGAACUCAAAAUGUACUCUUAAUUAAGGUUAUCAAUGUAUGUAUUGAUAUGAAUUCAAGUAAUUAGCGACAAUAGGAGGUAUAUAAUGUGUAAUUAACCUCAUGAUUUUAUGUGCGCUAGUUGUGUUAAUUAGCGCACAUAGAUUAUUGGUUUAUAUGAGUAUAAUGUCGCAUGUUUUGCUUAAUUAUUGGUUCGGGGUUGAUUUUUCCCAUAA